GACUUCUUCCGUGUUUACCUGCAGCUCAAAGGGAGUUCCACAAAUGGGCGUUAGUUUCUGAAUUAAACAGGUCACAAAGUGUACUUUUGUCCGUGUGUCGUUUAGAAAGGAAAAAAGAAAGGGAAAGGGAAAUGAGCUGAUAAAGUUUAACGGAACGAAAAAGCACCGUAAAGUUUUAUAUUCGUCAAAGUUAGCUGAAGGAGUCCACAAUGGGAUGUUGUAGCAGCACCGAGAGCAAACGGGACUGGAAACCGCUGGAGGAGCGCAGCUGCACGGACAUCCCAUGGCUCAUCAUAUUCAUACUCUUCUGUAUUGGGAUGUUGUGUAUUUGUGGCUUUCCCAUCGCCACAGGAGCUGCAUCCAGGCUCAUCUCAGGAUAUGACAGUUAUGGUAACACAUGUGGCAAGAAUAACACUCAGAAGAUUGAGGGGGUGCCUCUUAGUGGCCGGGACAUGACGGAAAACAAGUAUGUUUUCUUUCUAGACCCUUGCAACGUUGACUUGAUUAACAGGAAAAUCAAGUCCAUCGCCCUGUGUGUCUCCAAAUGUCCUGCUGCCGAACUCACCACUUACAGUGACUUGAAGCAGUUUGCUCUGCAUAAUGGAUCUCAUCUCUGCGCCUAUGAUAUUACUCCUACAAGAUACACGAGCCAUUCAGAAAGAUCCAGCAAAUGUCCCAAACUCCCUGUUCCCCCGAGUAAGCCUGUCCCACUGCUCCACCGCUGUAUUCCUGUGGACGUCGGCUGCUAUGCUGAAUUCGCCCAGGCGUUUAUCACAUUUGUCAGUGACAACACUGUGCUGCGGCGGGUCGUCGCUGGGGUCAUGGCCAGCAAGGAGAUCAUCAUGGGCCUCUGCGUGCUGGCUUUAGUCCUGUCCCUGAUCCUGAUGGUUGUCAUUCGUUACAUCACCAAAGUUCUUGUGUGGAUUCUGACAAUUCUGGUCAUCAUUGGCUCUAUAGGUGGGACAGCCGUCCUUUGGUGGCUCUACGUGGACCACAGGAAAGCCCUUGACAAUAACACCUUAUCAGUAUUUGGGAAAGAAGUGGCCUCAGAUAAUGUUAAGGCCCUGCUUAUAUAUGCAAUUGUGGCUACGGUUUUCACGGCGGUUCUCCUGCUGGUGAUGUUCUUCAUGAGGAAGCGCGUGGCUCUCACCAUCUCUCUGUUCCACGUUGCUGGUAAAGUGUUCAUUCACCUUCCCCUGCUGGCCCUGCAGCCUUUCUGGACCUUCCUCUGCCUCAUGCUCUUCUGGGUCUACUGGAUCGCCGUGCUUCUGGCUCUCGGGACUUCAGGGACACCGACAAAGAACAACUCUACAGGUGUGGUUGAGUAUGUAAUGCAGGGGCCUCUUCAGUAUCUGGUGUGGUAUCACGCUGUAGGUCUCAUUUGGAUCAGUGAGUUCAUACUGGCCUUCCAGCAGAUGACCAUCGCUGGAGCUGUGGUCACCUACUAUUUCACCAGAAAUAAAUCCCAGUUGCCAGCGACUCCCAUCCUCUCCUCCAUGGUGCGUGCCAUCCGCUACCAUCUGGGUACUUUGGCCAAAGGCUCCUUCAUCAUCACGCUUGUUAAGAUCCCUCGUCUCAUCCUGACGUAUAUCCACAGCCAGCUCAAAGGAAAGGAGAACGCCUGUGCUCGCUGCAUGCUGAAGGCUUGUGUCUGCUGUUUGUGGUGUCUGGAGAAGUGCCUUGCAUACUUAAAUCAAAAUGCCUACACUGCAACAGCCAUCAACAGCACAAGUUUCUGCACCUCUGCCCGGGAAGCUUUCCUCAUCCUGGUGGAGAACGCCCUCCGAGUGGCCGCCAUCAACACUGUGGGCGAUUUUGUCCUCUUCUUGGGAAAGGUGCUCAUAGUCUCAUGUACAGCCUUCGCUGGCGUCCUGGCUCUGAACUACCAGCGGGACUACACCGUGUGGGUGCUGCCUCUCCUCAUAGUCUGUCUGUUUGCGUACCUGGUGGCUCACUGCUUCCUGUCUGUCUUUGAGAACGUGGUGGACGUCCUCUUCCUCUGCUUUGCUGUGGACACAAAGUACAAUGACGGCAGCCCUGGACGAGAGUUCUACAUGGACAAGGCCUUAAUGGAAUAUGUUGAGAACAGUAAGAAAUUGGGUUUGUACAAGUCUGGUGACGGAGAAGGACGGGAGAUGAAGCCCAUGGCUCGAGGAGGGACUCAAGCUUGACCGAGCAGCAAAAGAUCCUCCAAAACCACUAAAAACACACCAAAGCUUAACUCUGAGUUCAUCAACAUUUCACUCCAGGGUCAUCAGUAAGAUGACAUUUUCUACUUUAUUUUAUACUAAAGCUACACAGAGUUUCAGUAAAAGAUGCAUUGAGUUUUAUUGUCUAUUUUUGAGUAAGAGAGUUUUAAAGUUUGACACUAAUACAUGCAGAUGUAAUAAGGCAAAAACUUAUCUGGGUGAUUUGUAAUUAAUAAGAUAGAUUUGCUUUUUUGUCUUUCUCCCUGUGUAAGCAUGUUUUCCCUUUUAUUCCAUUUAAAAUAAUGUGACCGUUUUGACAUGGUUUAACAUGUUUGGCUCUCUUUGUUACAGAAUUAGUGUUAGCUGUAGUUAGAAUAGUUGGGUGUACAUUUUGUAAUAGAUAGCUAACUGUGUUUUGUCAAAGUUGUUCCAGUUGUUUUAUGACUCAAAUUUUAUACUGAAAUAAAUUAAGACACAAA